AUGAUUUAUGAUCCGAAUACGCUUUCCAAUAUUAAUGAGGUUAAGACUACCCAUCUUGACUUAAAUUUUAUUGUUGAUUUUGAACGUAAAAUUCUUGAUGCAAUUGUCAUUCUUAAACUUUUUACACUUGUCGAUAAUGUCAACAAAGUUAUACUUGAUACUAGUCAUCUGAACAUUAAAUCCGUUUCCUGUUCCGGU